UAUAGCCGUUGGAGAAUAUAGCCGUUGUUGUUUCUCUUAUUUAUACAUGUCAUAUUUCAUUCAUCUCAACAUUCAAGAGUUGUUUUGUCCUCUCAUAUUUUCUUCCUCCUAUCCAAUUACACUGAUAGUUUCUCAUUGUGUCAUAGAAUGGAUCCAAACAAUAUGGCCGACUUGGACAUUUACGACGUUGUCAUUGACGAACUUAUCAAUGACACGACUAUAGAAGAUAUGAUGCAGGAGGAGAUGGAGUUUUAUCAACGACGUGCCAACACCGUUAGGCCCAAGCGAACAAGAAAGGUGAUAGAGAGAGAUCGUGAAGCUGGGAACGAGCGGUUGUGGAAUGACUACUUCUCCGAAAAUCCUGUGUACACGGAAGAGCUUUUCCGACGAAGGUUUCGAAUGCGAAAGCAUGUGUUCCUCAGAAUUGUAGGGGCCCUUGGGUCUCAUGACCCGUACUUUUUAAUGUCUGUCGAUGCAGUUGGAAGACAAGGCCUGUCACCAUUACAAAAGUGCACCGCCGCUAUUCGUAUGUUGGCGUACGGAUCACCUGCUGACAGUAUUGACGAGUACGUUCGAAUUGGUGAAAGUACUGCAAUUGAGUGCUUAAAGAAUUUUGUGGAAGGUGUGUGUGCAGUAUUUGGUGGAACAUACUUGAGGCGCCCGAACCAGGAAGACAUUACCCGCUUACUUCAAUGGGGCGAGUCUCGUGGAUUUCCAGGUAUGUUGGGUUCUAUUGAUUGUAUGCAUUGGGAAUGGAAGAAUUGUCCAGUUGCGUGGAAAGGUCAAUUCACCCGAGGUGAUCAUGGAAAGCCCACAAUCAUGCUUGAAGCAGUGGCAUCACAAGAUUUGUGGAUUUGGCAUGCAUUUUUUGGCAUUGCAGGUUCUAACAAUGACAUUAAUGUGCUAAAUCAAUCUCCGGUUUUUAAUGAGGUUUUGAGUGGAAAUGCUCCCAUGGUGAACUUUAGCGUGAAUGGAACAAUGUAUAACAUGGGAUACUAUCUAGCAGACGGUAUCUAUCCCCCGUGGGCUACAUUUGUGAAGACCAUCCCAAUGCCGCAAGGAGAAAAAAGGCAAAAAUUUGCGAAAAGACAAGAAGGAGCAAGAAAGGACGUUGAACGUGCAUUCGGCGCUCGGUUUGCAAUAGUUCGUGGUCCAUCACGCUUUUGACAUCCGAAUGAGAUGAAGUCAAUAAUGUAUGCUUGCAUCAUAUUGCACAACAUGAUUGUUGAAGAUGAGCGCAACACGUACCGAGGUAAUUUUGUUUAUGAUCAGGUCAAUAAUGACAUAUUGGAUGCUGAAGUAGUAAGUGGUCCUAUUCCCGCUUUUAGAAAUAUCUUGGAAAGAAGAGCACAUCAAAUUGAUAGGUCAAUUCAUCACCAGCUUCAAGCAGACUUGGUGGAGCAUAUUUGGCAGCUUCCCGAAAACGAGAAUAAUGAAAAUUAACCUUCAAGUGUUAUUAUGUAUUUCAUUUCAAAUGUAUUGUUUCUUAUUUUUCAUU